UUGUCAAGAGAAGCGUUGCUAACCCUCGUACCUCACGACUGGCGGCUUCAAAGUGGAAAUAAGUUUGGCUUUUUCUCUGUCUGGAAACAUUUUCCCUGAAAAUGUUGGGGUACAUCUGGCAAUAUGUCUACACGUCCUUCCUGAGAUACUGGCUGAAGUGGCUCAUCAGACAGGCAACAGGGAACUGUGAGCUGCAGAGAAUAUGUUCUUCAUGCAAACCAGGAGCAACAAGGACAGCAAAAGCAGAGUACUCUCUUCGGUGUUCAAAGAACAAGGUUGUAAGAGGAGCCUUGGAAACCAGCAAGGAUAAUUUAGAGCAAUGCGUGAAUCAAAUUAUGCAAGAGAAGAAUGUCAAAUCUCAGAAAGAUCCCCAGUUCAAGGCGAGCCUACACAUCUGUCUGCUCCAGAUUACAGGAUACAGCAGCUUGUAUACAUCUGUAGAAGACCUGAGAAAGGAAGUUUUCAGCUCAGACAACCCUGAACAUGAGGCUAUGCUUUUAAAGCUGUGGGACUUGUUGAUGCCAUCAGUCAAACUGGAUUCCAGGAUCACCAAACAGUGGGGAGACAUUGGAUUCCAAGGAGACGACCCCAAGACAGACUUUAGAGGAAUGGGCCUGCUCGGCCUAAUCAACCUUGUGUUUUUUAGUGAAAACUACACAGUGGAGGCUCGUCAGGUGUUGUCUCACGCAAACCAUCCUAAACUAGGGUAUUCCUAUGCCAUAGUUGGGAUCAACUUGACAGAGAUGGCCUACAGCCUCCUGAAAAGUGGUGCUUUGAAGCCACAUUUCUACAAUACAGUCCAGGGCACACCUGAGCUGCAGCAUUUUCAUCAGCUGUACUGUUAUCUGGCGUAUGAAUUUGAUAAAUUCUGGGUGGCAGAAGAACCAGAGAGCAUCAUGCACUUCAAUCAAUACAGAGAAAAAUUCCACAACAUAGUGAAGGCACAUCUACUGGAGCCUGAUGUGUCUCUCACACUGACUGUCAGCUCAAAAAACUAACGUUUUUGCACCAUUGCCCGUAACACUGUUUGAUCUGGUAGAAGAAAGGUUCAGCAUGAGCGCUGCUGACACAUUUGAAGCAGACUGAAGCUGGUCGAUGCCUCAUAUUCCUCAAAAACCCAAACGAAUUAGUCCUCUUGUGUUUGGUUUUGUGAUUCAUUCGUGAUGCUCAGUCCAUCUUGUUCCAGUGACAGUUAUUUAAAAUAGAGCACAAAUCGAACACCUUAUACCUCAAAAAUGACCAUUCCAGUGGUUCGAUCACUCAUAAAGGGGAAGCGAGCGCUGCUGCAGAGGACCGUAGUGAUGAUAAUGGCUCUGUAUGUUGUAAGGCUUUAAGCACUUUCAGUGAGCAAGCAGCCAAAUUGUUGCAUUAAAAGACAGUAAAAUGGUGAUUAACAACCAUAUCUUCGCUGUCUUGUUGUAUUUAUGUGAACAAAGCCUGUGUGUUCUCACAUUAGUCCUGCUCAGGAAUUUAAUAUUUAUGUUCAGAGGUAAUGGUCGAAACUAAAUGUAAGGAAUAAUUUCCAGUUUUUGACGCUUCAUUGUGGUGCUUUCAUCCUAAAAGUUGUGCAUGUUUUAACCAGUCCUCACUGAUGUCAUUAAUGUCAACUGUGUCAUUUAAUUUCAGUGACGUGGACCUUGAAAUGGUUGUAAGCAGCAGUUUUCAUAAAUUUGUAUGUCUUAAGACUGAACUUUUAUUACCUGUUGUUUUUAUGCUGUGAUUUGCUUUCGAGGCAGGUAUGUAAAAACUCACACAUCUUGCGCAUCUUGAGUUAAUAAACACACAUUUGAUUUGAAAA